UUGGCAGUUAGAAGGCCGAUAAUCUGAAUCUUUGACAUUGAAGCGUUGUUGACGCUUUAUCUUCUCAAAAGAUAGAUUAGGAGAACUGAAGUAGAAGGAAAAUGCCGCAGAUAUUGGAUUUGGAAGCAGAAGGAGAUUCUCUCGAUGACUUCAGUUCUCUCCAAAUCGAAGAACAAGAUCAAGAACAGGAACCAGAUGACGACGAUGAGGAAGAUGAAGAUGAAGAAGAGCAAGAGCCUGUAACUUUAGGUUUCGUUGAGAAGCCUAAAGGUCCUCAUUCCCUUCUCCGUCAACUAUUUCCAAGCAAGGCUGGAGGAGUGCCCGCUUGGUUAGACCCCCUUGAUUUGCCAUCAGAGAAAUCUCGUGUCUGCGGCAUCUGCGGAGACCCUUUACAGUUUGUCCUUCAGGUAUAUGCUCCAAUUGCCGAGAAGGAAUCGACAUUCCAUCGGACUAUAUUUGUGUUCAUGUGCCCAUCAAUGGCAUGCCUUCUCCAAGACCAGCACGAGCAAUGGAAACGUGCACCAGAUAAGCCAGCACGAAGUGUGAAGGUUUUCCGUUGCCAGUUGUAUCACUCAAAUCCUUUUUACUCAAGUGAUCCUCCAAGACAUGAUGGGACUGACAAACCAUCUACAGUUGGAGCUGCACUCUGUUGUUGGUGUGGUACAUGGAAGGGAGACAAGGUCUGUAGCAGUUGCAAGAGUGCACGUUAUUGCUCAGAGAAACAUCAGAUGAUGCAUUGGCGCUCAGGACAUAAAGCUGACUGUCAACGAAUAUGCAUCUCUUCUCAAUCCUCUAACUCUAGCACUUAUGGCAGCAGAACUAAAUUGGAAGAGAUAGAAAAAGCAGUUGCCAACAAAGCUCUUGGGCCUGAAUACGAAAUCAUAAGCGAGGAUGAAGACUCAUUUAAUGUGGAGGCAUCUGAAGGCAAUGACUACUCGAAUUCAGUGGUUUCCAAUGGCCGGCUGGAUGAAUCAAUGAAGUCACUGUUAGAUACUUUUGAGGGAAAUGAUGACCAGAAAUGCUGGGCUUCUUUCCAAGAGCGCAUCGCUAAAGCUCCCGAGCAAGUAAUGAGGUAUUGUAGGGAUGCAAAUGCUAAACCAUUGUGGCCCAUGUCAAGUGGCCGCCCAUCAAAGGCAGAUAUUCCUAAAUGCAACCACUGUGAUGGCCCUCGACAUUUUGAAUUCCAGAUCUUGCCCCAGCUGCUGUACUACUUUGGAGUGAAGAAUGAUCCAGACUCUCUUGAUUGGGCAACCAUUGUUAUUUACACCUGUACAGCCUCUUGUGAAGCUAGAAUGGGGUACAAAGAGGAAUUUGCGUGGGUUCAGCUAUAUUCUCCUGCUGGGAUAGCCUGAUGGGUUCUCUCUUUGUUUGAAAUAGGUUCAUGUUGGAAAGUUUUUGCUUCUUUAUGGUAAUAGUUGUAGCUUUGCUACCAAAUGUGGCGGAGUUUGUGAUCCGACUGUUUGUCCAACCAAGCUUUUCAAACUUAAUAGCAGUCUCUUAAAAAACCGGACCAAUUCAGAAAAACCAGAACACCCUCUUCUUUGGUCUGGUCCCCACUAAAGAC